AGUCUUUUCAUAGCCUGUGUGUUAAGGGGGCACUCGGUAUCAAGACCUAAUAUUAUCCUAUUAAAUUUUUUUUAUACAUAUUAGAGUUAAAACUUCCUACCCUAACCGCACAAAAGAAAGUUGGCUGGAGCACGUCUCUCUGAGAUGUCGGAUGCUUCCCGCACGUAUUGCUGUACCAGUCAGUCUCUACGUGUCCUAGCAUACCUUGGACAUUUUCAGCUACGCUCAUUUAUAUUAUGAGCAUUGCAAGAAGCAACUUCGAGCAGUCACGCAUCUGCAUCAAAAUCCCACGUACAUGGGAGGAUAUGGUAGCCUGUCGGACUAUCGAACAAGCCGGAGUAGUACAAUGCACAAUCCGUGGAAGCUCCCCAAAAGCAGUUUGGUCCCUUGCCUGCCCGGCUGUGAGGGUUUACACUGAGCUGAGACGAGAGAUGCGGCUCCGUUAGACCGCCGAGCAAAAGCUGGGAGGGUAAGAUGCACGAAGUUAACGAAUGGGGCAGAUGUAUAGGCAAUGAAU